AUAAACAAAAAGGUAUUUCAUAUAGCCACACUCGCUAAACAAACGGACAGUUCCUAGACAAACAUCAAUUUCUCUUGUUAUACGCUACGGAUAAAAUACAAUUGUUUUUCGAGUGCACCCAAAAUGAGUUCAAUUCGCAAAAAAUUGGUCAUUGUUGGCGAUGGAGCAUGUGGCAAGACGUGCCUCUUGACUGUCUUUUGCAAAGAUAGUUUCCCCUUGGAUUAUGUGCCAACCGUUUUCGAAACAUAUGUCGCAGAUGUGGAAGUUGAAGGAUCACAGGUGGAAUUGGCUCUGUGGGAUACUGCUGGUCAGGAGGAUUAUGAUCGCUUGCGUCUUUUAAGCUAUCCGGAUACAGAUGUUAUUGUCAUGUGCUUCUCCAUUGAUUUACCUGAUUCGCUGGAGAAUAUUCAAGAUAAAUGGAUACCCGAGGUGAAGCACUUUUGUCCAAAUGUUCCCAUUAUUUUAGUGGGAAACAAACGAGAUUUGCGCCAUGACCCGGAUACCAUUAGGGAACUAUCAUUACAAAAGCAACAACCCGUUCAAACGGAACAAGGUUUUACUAUGGCUGAAAUCGUAAAUGCUUUUGCAUAUCUUGAAUGCUCAGCCAAAAUGCAGGAGGGCGUGCGGGAAGUUUUUGAAACAGCGACGAGAGCCUCUCUGCAAGUGAAAAAGAGAAAGAAGAGAUCGGGAUGUUGGAGCUUAUCGUGUAAGCUGCUCUAGUUGAAUUUGAUUAUCGAUAAAAUUAUCCUAUCGAAAGUUACGUAUCCAUUUUCGACUCCAUCCGUUAGAAUUAUAUUA